AUGGAUGACAUUACUGCAAUUACUAUUCAGCACCAGAUGCAGGACACCAUGGUUUGCAAAGCUGAUCCUAGUGGUUUCUAUUCCACUAAGUCAGAAUAUAGGCUAUUGAUGACUUUCAACAGACCUAUUCCUCAAAGGAGGAUUUUGCAGACUAUUGAAGCAUGCAAUGCACACAACUAUCCUUUUUUAGAAGAACAACCAAUUCCGCUUACAGGGAGAAGUCAUGUCUAUAGCUUUGGAGUGGUGCUGCUAGAACUACUAACAGGGAGAAGGCCAGUGGGGAAUUUUGGGGAAGAAGGUAUAGACAUUGUUCAAUGUACCAAGUUGCAAACAAAUUGGAGCAAUGACAAGGUGGUGAAGAUUCUUGAUGAGAGGCUAUGUCACAUUCCCUUAGAUGAAGCAAAGCAGGUAUACUUUGUGGCCAUGCUAUGUGUUCAGGAACAAAGUGUGGAGAGACCAACCAUGAGGGAAGUGGUUGAAAUGCUUGCAUAA